UGACCGCGCCUAAUUCCAAUCAGCGCCUAAUUCCGUUCACGUGAAACAAAACAUUGAUUAUCAUCCGAAUUGAAUGCACAAGUUUGUUGAAAUAAUUUUAUAUAAAUUGAAUAGUUAAAUUCACGUCACAAAACUUAUGACUAGCAUUAUUUGAUUGUGUAUAAUUGCGAAAAAGUAAAUAAAUACUCAACGCCUUACUAGCAGCCGCCAUGUUUGUUAUUUUCCCGAGCCGACGUGUGGAGUCGAUCAAACCAAACAUUUUGUGAUUUUCCCGUGAAAUACCACCAAAAACAAUUCGAAAAACGCCCAAACAGGAGAACAAAGAUGGGCGCGAAAAAACUUCGUAAAAAUCUGCUGUACGAUCGCAACAAGAUCGAAGAAGCUGUUCGACAGGUAAAAGCCGGAUGCUCCGUACGUAGUACGGCAAAAUUAUAUGGAAUUCCCAACACAACGCUGCGUGACAAGGUUCUGGGAAAAUUUUCGAAGCCCAACCCGGGAAAAGAUACGGUGCUGACAAGCGCAGAAGAGAAAAAAGUUGCGGAUUGGUUGCUGGACAACGCAAAAAGGGGAUUUCCGGUAAAUACAAAUCGGUUGAAGGCUUGUGUUGCUCAUUACAUACGAGCAACUGAUCGACCAAACCCGUUCAAAAACGGCGUUCCUGGUCGAAAGUGGGUUGCGCUGUUCCUUAAUCGUCAUCCGGAAAUUUCACGGCGAGUGCCCAGUCCACUACCAAAGCAUCGUGCCGCUGUGUCCGAACACCAGAUCAGAUCCUGGUUUACCGAAAUCGAACAAUAUUUUGUCAGUGAAGGGUUGCGUGGAGUUUUGAAAAACCCUGAGCAGAUAUUCAAUCUCGACGAGACCGCAGUUCGAACAGUUCCCACCAAAGAAGUUGUGUUGGCUGGUUGCGGUGAAAAAUACGUUCACGCCAAAGUGGGAAACUCUGAUAAAGAAUCAUACACUGCAUUGUUCGGUGCUAAUGCAGCUGGUCAGUUAACCCCGACGCUGGUACUGUAUCCGUACAAAUCCAGGAUUCCAGGAGAAAUUUGGCAGAAAUUGCCUGAAGGAUGGUCUGCAGGAAAAACUGAAUCCGGAUGGAUGAACAGAGACACGUUUUACCUUUUCCUUAGGGAUGUUUUGCACCCAUGGCUUGUUGAGCAAAAAAUCCAGUUUCCUGUCGUGCUUUUCUUAGACGGACACAAAUCUCACGUCUCCCCUCAGACGACGGAGUUUUGCUCAGCAAAAAAACAUGAUACUAAUAUGCCUUCCACCAAAUUCCACACAAGUUACGCAGCCUCUGGAUGUCAGUUUCUUUAGGGCAUUCAAAAACCAUUGGAAUCAAGUCUUGGUGAAUUGGAGAACCGAUACUAGUGGCGAAGUGCUUCCAAGGAAAGAAAUCGCUCCGCUCAUGAAACGAGCAGUAGAUCGCAUGGAUAAUGUGCAAAGGACGUUGGCAAACGGAUUCCGGCGCUGUGGAUUGUAUCCCUUUGAUCCAGAUGCAGUGAAUUAUGAAAGUCUCGUCCAAAAAACCUGCGCAAAUCCAUCGUCUCAAGCUACAGAACCAAGCGCCGAAUCGUCGUUGUCAACGGAUACCACGGGGCCAGUUAUGGACUCCUCAUUGAUUACGAAUGAUGAAUACUUCACGAAUCGUCUUGAAUCGUUGCUGACUUCUGAUCAGUUGAGUAUCUUCAAAAGCUGCCAUCCAACUGGAGAGUGGCAUGGACCACUCAUUGAUACAAGUCUUUACCGAUUAUGGGAAAAAGCCAAAGGAAUGUUGAAUGUACCAUCUACCUCAUCGCAAA